UAAAGUUUCAUUUAAAUAUCGCAAGGUGCCUCGUCGGGUUCUAUAAUCUUCUACUAUCUGUGUGUCUUGUACCCCGGUAUGGUGAUAUAGACAGAAAACACUCUAGUGCGCAGUGUUGGGGAGUCCUCUGGUUGCAAAUUCUUUAAAUUAAAUUAGCAGAAAAAUAAAAAAAAGAGGAAUAGUUUUGGCUUCGUGUCGUUGGUGCAAGUGUUCUGUUAAAAAUUGUUUUACGAUUGUUUAAAAAUCUUAUAAAUAGACAAAAAGUUAUCUCAAAAACAAAAACAUGAUAAGAUCUUAGGUGAAAGUAAAUUCAUCUCGCCCCAAGUAUCUUUUUAGAUUAAGAUAAAGGAAUAAUUUAUUGUUUCUUUAUUUUGUCUAUAGAGUAAAUUUUUUGUCGUCGUAUAAAAACAGUCGUUUCUUUAUUCUUGUCGAUUGUGCAACGCGUUCGUUUCGGAUUUUUUUCUUUUCGCUGUGAAUUUGUCCAAUCCCUAACCUCAAAUCCCUCAAAUCUUGUCUCGAUGGAGCUAUAAUGCAAAACAUUGGUGCACCAAAAUCAUUGGAACCAAAUUUGAACGCUGCCAGCAGUGAGGUUGAAUUAAGAUCCGAACAACCCCUGCUACGAAAGACUUUGUCUGAUAAUUUUUGUAAAUCUCUAGAUGAAGAUGAAGAACAAUUAGAUACAGUUGUAGAUUUAGCUAAUAAACAACAACCAACAGUGGUUCCAAUUGAACAACUUUCACCAAAAUCCAAAACUCGUUCAAGAUUUACUUCGGCAUUUCGUUCGUUUCGUGCCUCAAAAUCGACAAAAAAGAAAAUACCAACCCCUACGUCAAGUAGUGACCAAGUUCUAUCGAGUGGUGGUGAGGAUUUAGAAGUCCCACAAUCGGAUUCAAACGAUUCAAAGAAGAAAAAAAGUAAACUUUCGAAGAAAUUUUCACUCACAGGAAUCAAGAAGAAUAAAGUCAAUCCAAAGAAAGAGGAGGAAAUUUUGUCCAGUAAUCUUUUGUUGGUUACAAGUUCAACCCAAACCACUCAAACCCUUGAUCGAAGGCCAAUUUUUACUGCAGAUAAUGAAACUAAGAGAAAAGUAACUGUGACCACUUCGUCGGAUCACACUACGCCACCAUAUUCUCUCUCACCAGAGUCUUCACCAACGAAAUUCGAUAAAGUUCGAAAGAUACAAAUAACAAUUCAGGGCAAGAAAAUCGAACACACCAAUAAGAAUAACAAUAACAACAACAACGGCAUCCAAGGGCGAAAAAAUCUACCCACAACUACAACUGAAAUUGUAGGUUCUACCCCAACAACCCCAAAUACUGACGAAGGGGAUUAUUUAAUUGCAACCACCACCACAGAAGAAUCAAAACAACAGCAAAAACCAUUAAUAUCAACAUCACCUUCGAAGAAAAACUCAAAGAAGAAUAAAAAACCCAAGUCAAAGCCGAAUAGCCCACCAAACAGCUCACCAUCGGCUUCUCCAUCUGGCAACAAGUCAAUCACCUCAACAAUUUCCACCACCACAACCACGGAAGAUAAACUCAUAGUCACCCAAAGUAUCUGUGAUACACCACCGCGAGAGAGAGCACCAGCAAAACCCUCCCGGGCGCCAUUUACCACCGCCCAAUCAUUUGCCUCCGCUCCAACUGGAGCCAUCCGCAAAUCACUCUCACAUCAAUUACCUCGACUAAGACGGCAACGAUUUCACGCCUUCGAUUCGGUUGAUUCCGAAUCGUAUUUUAUGAUACGCGAGGGAACUGUCGAACGAGGCCGUCGAUUUCCCAGACCAGCAUCAAUAGAUAUACAAGAUCUAUCACCAUCAUCACCACCAAUCAUAACCCAAUUACCAAAGUUGCCAAUCCCAUUGGGCAUCACCACCACGGAGAAUCCAAAGCUUCCACCACAAUCGUCAAUAGACGACCACGAACCACAGGUUAAAUCCCUGCCGCCAUUUGUCGAGGAAACCUCAAACACCACAGAAGAGCCUCAUGAGACUAUCAAUCAAAAGCAAAGAAAAAUAGUUAUUUCCUUACCCAGUUUUGUAUCGUCAAUUGGAUCUGAGUUAGAUGAUGUAGAUAAUCGUAUUUCUGAUAUUUCAUCACCAGAUGUCUCACCAAUACAUUAUUACGUUGGCAACAACCUCUUAGACACUGAGAAACCUAAUCUAAGUGAUAUCAUAUCUAAAGAAGAAAAUUCUAUCGAAGACAUUAGCAUUGUUCAGGAAACACAUGAAUCUGCCCAUCAGAGGAAAAUAAUCUCUUUACCCAGCUUCGCAUCGACAUCGUCGUUAGAAAGAGAAAGUAUUACCACAGACCAAGACAACAUUAAUUCGGCGCAAACAGACGACGCAUCCCUAUAUUUUAGUGGGAACAAUUUACAGAAUCCCAAUCUUCGUGGAUUGAGUGAAGAUCAGUCGCUGGAGGACGGCAACGACGACGGUACACGUGAAGAAACUCCAAUAAUUUGCGAUCAUCGGCAUAAUAUACGAUUUGCUGUUGGUACUUCAGUGCGUCCACAAAGGACUGUGAUACCUUUAUCACAAUUUGUACUUGAUAGUAAGGAUUUUAGUUCAUUUGAAUCGGCGAAUAGUUUUGAUUCGGGUGGUCGUCGGAGUCCGAUUACUGAUAUAAAUAAAAGGAGAUUGCAGUAUAUUAAUCAACAAGCGACAAUUUAUUCGAACGAGGAUACUGAUAACGUGGACGGUAACGUCGGCGGAGGUACAGGGAGUGGUAGCGGAGGUAGUGGCAGUGGAGGUAGUGUUAGGAAGGAAUCUCUUAAUUAUAUAUCAGGAAUAAGUGAGUACUCAUUUGAGUCGGAAUUUUCGCCACCGGAACCUUCCAUGCCAGCAUUUGGCGAUCUGACAAUGGACCAAGAAAAUCCGCCAAUAAUGACAUCCUCACAAGAAAAACGAGAACAUCUUUAUAAAAUUCUAGUCAUCGGUGAACUUGGCACUGGCAAAACAUCCUUCAUUAAACGCUAUGUUCAUCAAUUCUUUAGCCAAAAUUAUCGAGCGACAAUUGGUGUUGAUUUUGCCUUAAAAGUUUUAAAUUGGGAUUCGAAUACUAUUGUACGCCUGCAGCUAUGGGAUAUUGCUGGACAAGAAAGAUUUGGCAAUAUGACACGAGUUUAUUACAAAGAAGCCGUUGGUGCCUUUAUUGUAUUUGAUGUAACACGAAGUGGUACAUUUGAUUGUGUGAGUAAAUGGAAAGAGGAUUUAGAUUCGAAAGUUCAAUUGCCAGAUGGUAGCCCAAUUCCAUGCAUACUACUAGCCAAUAAGUGUGAUCAAGAUAAACAAGGCAUCAUUACAACACCCGAAAAGAUGGACGAAUAUGUUCGAGAAAAUGGUUUUGCUGGUUGGUUCGAAACAUCAGCAAAGGAAAAUAUUAAUAUCGAUGAAGCUGCAAGAGCGUUAGUUAAUAAAAUUCUCUUGAACGAUAAACUCAUCAGUGAUGCUGACAUUGCCGAUAGUGAAAAAUUCAAUUUAGCAAACUCGAAUGGUGGCCAAACUACGACGCAGGCAAUCAAAAGUAAAUGUUCCUGCUGACGCCUUAAUUGUAAUUUACAAAUUGUGUCAUCAUUUAUACAGAAGGACUUCUAUAUGUAAUCAUAAGUGUUAUAUUUUUUAGCUGUUUACGUAUAAAAUUUAAUAAAAAAAAAACAAGAAAAGUGUAUUUUUAAAAAUUGAAAAUCGUUGAAAAAAAUUAUAUUUUAUGUAUUUAUACAAUUAUAUUCCAGCUAUGCGUCUUCAUAAGAUAUUUUUUUUUGUAUUUUUUCCGUUUUUAUUUUUUAGGUAUUUUGUUUUUAAUUUGUUUCUUUUAUUAAAAUAUUUUUUAAAUGCUAUUUUAUUGUAAAUUAUUUUAAACUUGGCUUCCAUUAAAAAUGAAAAUUGCCUUGCAAGUUAAUUGAAAAAAGAUUUAUGAAUAUAUUUAAAACAAAAAAUAAAGAACAAAUUUAAAAAACAAAUAUAGUCCAUUCAAAUAAUUCUUGCCAUUUGCACUUCAAAAAAUUAUAUAAAAUAUACACAAAGCUCAUAAAGUUAUAAAUUAAAAAAAAAACGCUCUAUUGUAGCAACAACAAUAAAUAAA